ACUAAAUAUUUGGAAGAUGUCUGGUAAAUCAUCAAAGUUUAUAGGAAGAGGAAUCAUAAUAUUCAGAACAUCCAGGAGGUUGGAUAGAAUGGUUUUGUGCACAUGAGGAUCAUCAAUUUUUAAGUGAAGUGGAUGAGGAAUUUAUUCGCGAUCCUUUCAAUUUAAUUGGAAUCAAAGGAAAAUUCAAUUUCUUUAAGUAUGAAUGGCAACUAAUAAUUCUAGUGAAGCCAUCAGCAUGAUUUUAUAGCCUACUUCUCCUGAAGAUUAAGACUUAGAAGAUGAAAGGUUUUCUUAUUUUACAUCACAAAAGAUUUUUAGAAGUUUAUUAGGAGGCAUCUGACAUUUAUGGUUUACUUCAUGCUCGAUUCAUAUUUACAUCCAAAGGAUCUGCAAUCAUGCGCGAACGAUUUUUAUAAGGAAAAUUUGGUCAUUGUCCUCGUAUAUAUUGUGAAAAGCAGAAUGUGAUCCCUAUUGGAUUAUGUGAAGAUCUCAAAACUGCUAGAAUCAAAGUUCUUCAUCAUAAUCUAAUUAGGUAUUUUGUCCAAGAUGUGAAGAAGUUUACAUGCCAAAAAAGAAAUGUGCUGAUAUCGAUGGAGCAUAUUUUGGAAAAUCAUUCCCUCAAUAUUUAUUAAUGGUUAAUAAUUUCAUAAUUUAUAUCUAGACCUAUCCCGAUCUUCAUCCAAAGUUUUAAUUAUUGCCAGAUACCUAAAUCUAAGUAGAUUUUGAACCAACAUUAUUCGGAUUUAAAAUAGCAGGAAAGCAAGGCAGUAAAAUCAAGAAAAUUGAAUAAUAAUAGUAAUAUAAUCACACUAUCACAUAAUCAAACAUUUCAUCAAUAGAACAAAAUAUACUGUUAUAAGAGCAAAAGUAAUAUAGAAUCUAAAAAUAAUAAUAACAUUAGGAACAAUAAGAAGAUCACUAAUAACAAUCAGAUUAGAAUAAAGAGCAAACUCAUAAGAAAAAGAACAAAAAAAAACAUAAACAUUGA